AUGACGUCUCUCUGGUGGACCGACGGAAGGAGGCCUUACGAGGGCUGGCUUGCCGAUGGAUUGAACAACCAGCACCGGUGGCCGGAGUUGGAGCACUAUGUCAUUUCCCAGUCGGGGAAAGGGAGCGGUGCCGAGGAGUCAGUGCCGGUAGAGGUCGGUGCUGGGACUCCUUCUCGGUACCGGAGUGAUCCGGUGCCGAAGGGGCGCUCCUUACCGAGGCAGUCUGUUGGGCGCUCGAACCUGACUGCCACAGUGCAGAGAGGAGUAUAUCCAGUAGGAAAUGAAUCACAGACUGAGGUCAGCAACUGGGAUUUGAGUAACCCCUUCUUCUUUGUGGGCGCAAUGGUAUCCACAAUAGGCUAUGGCACCCAGUGUCCUAAAACAGUUGCUGGCCAGAUCUUCUGUGUCUUUUUUGCUUCAUUUGGAAUUCCUUUGACUAUCGUUUUCCUGCACCGGGUCAGUAAGAUGCUUUCUCUGCUGUGUGAAAGGCUUGAGAGAUGUCUGUAUGAGAGGGGAAUGAAAAGGAAGAAGAUCAAGUUUCUGACCCUUCUCUUCUUCCUGGUGAUGGGCAUUCUAGUGUUCCUGGGUCUGCCAUCAGUUGUCUUCCAGGUGGUGGAGGGCUGGUCCUACAGUGAAGGAUUUUAUUUUGCAUUUAUCACCCUGAGUACUAUUGGCUUUGGAGAUUACGUAGUAGGUAAGGAGAAUAGUACUUCUCUCUGA